AUGGGUCUUGGUAGUAGUAAUAUAAAAAUUCCAGGUGGUGGUACUGAAGGUUUUCAUGUUCUUCGUGUACAAGAUGGUUCACCUGGACAUAAAGCUGGUUUAGAAGCAUAUUUUGAUUUUAUUGUUAGUAUCAAUGGUAUUCGACUUGAUACAGAUAAUGAUAGAUUUAAAGAAGUAUUAAAAGAAAAUAUUGGUAAACCAGUUGAACUACUUGUUUAUAGUAGUAAAACACAAACAGUACGACAAUUAACAUUAAUUCCACAUGAAAAUUGGGGUGGUCAAGGUUUACUUGGAUUAAGUAUUCGAUUUUGCACAUUUGAUAAAGCAAAUGAAAAUGUUUGGCAUGUCUUAGAUGUUCAACAACAUUCACCAGCAGCAUUAGCUGGUUUACGUUCAAAUACUGAUUAUAUUAUUGGUGCUGAUACAUUAUUAAAUGAUGCUGAAGAUUUAUUUACAUUAAUUGAAAGUAACGAAGGGAAACCACUUAAACUUUAUGUUUAUAAUAGUGAAAGUGAUAUGACACGUGAAAUAACUCUUACACCUAAUGUUGGUUGGGGUGGAGAAGGUAGUUUAGGUUGUGGUAUUGGUUAUGGUUAUCUUCAUCGUAUACCAAUACGAACAGCAAGUGUACCACCAGUAACAAAAGGAAAUUUACCAACAAAUUCAUCUAUUUUAAGUGGAAAUACUACAAUGGAUAAAAAUUCAUUACUUUCAACAAUACCAUCAUCAAAUCUCAAUGAAAAUACAAAUAUGAAUUUUACACUUCAACCUGUUAAUAUGCCACCAAUAGCAGUUACAACACCGAAUUUAUUUGUUCCACCAUCAGUUAAUACAACAGCAACAAACGAAACAACAUUAGUAACGACUAGUGGAACUCAACCACCACCACCAACAACAACAACAUAUGAUCCUAAUCAAUUUGCUAAAUAUUUUGGUGAUAUGACUAUUAAUCCAUCACCUCCUAACUCAACAAAUAUAGUACCAACCAAUUUUCCUUCAUAUCCUGCAACAUUUGUUCCAACUUUUACUAACACUCAAUAUGCUCCUCCACCACCACAACAUUCUGCUCAACAAUUAACAAAUCCUGGUCCAACUGAUCAAUUACCAUCUGUAGUUUCUCCUCCUGUUAUGCCUCCAUCUAAUAUUGGAGUGCCAUCUUCUCAACAACAAUCAACAAAUGUAGGUCCAACUGAACAAUUACCAUCAGUAAUGCCACCUCCUAUGAUGCCUCAAUAUAAUUUUCAAAUGCCAAAUCCUCCACAACAACAACACUAUUUUCAACCUGUUCCUCCAUCAUUAUUUACUGAUUCUCAAUAUUAUCAACAACAACCUCCAUUUCAAUAUAAUUCAACUGCUAAUAGAUAUCCAAAUACUUUUUCAGCUACACCACCACCACCGCCACCACCUGUUCAACGAUCAUCACCAUUUGCUCAUGAUAGUAGUGGACAUGGACAUAGUCAUGAUUAUGGCAUGGGGCAUGGUCAUAGUCAUGAUCAUGAUGAUGGUCAUGGCCAUAGUCAUGAUCAUGAUGAUGGCCAUGGUCAUAGUCAUGAUCAUUAA